AUGGAUACUGGGGUGAGUAUCAUGGACUUUGUCCACCGGUAUCAGCAAUACGAGAUCCAUCGGGAUGCCACACACGAGUUUAUUAAGGAACUCAUGAUCUAUACCGAUCACAUCGAGAGCACCUUGCGUCUGGAGAACAAUACAUUACGCCAGCAGAUGAAAGACCUGCGUUUGGACCUUGACGAUGCCGCCAAAUCUAGACGAGAUUUACAGCAGCGCCUGCGAGAUGCCGAGUCUCGUAUGGGUAUGGCCACUCAGAGCACUGAUCAAUUGAAGAACCAUAACCCCUACGUUUUGGUCCUGAUUGAUGGCGAUGGCUUGAUUUUCAAAGAGAAUCUCAUCAAACAAGGCAUUGAAGGCGGGCGAAGAGCCGCCAAUGACCUUCGCCAAUCUAUUGCCGAGCAAUGUACCAGUGUCUACGAAACUGAAAUCAUUGCCAAGGUCGUUGCUAACUUCAGUGGCCUCAACAAAGCAAUGAAGCGUGAUGGCUCCGUCGACAGCGAGAUGGACCUAAAGGACUUUAUGAUGGGGUUUAAUCAAGCCAAGGCGUCCUUUGAUUUCGUGGAUGUCGGCCAUGGAAAAGAACGUGCCGACUCCAAGAUCAAAGAAACUGCCAGAUUCCAUCUGCGAAACUACAACUGCAAGCAGAUACUCCUGGGUAUCUCGCAUGAUGCCGGCUAUGCGCCUUUCUUGGAUGACAUGAUUCGUGACGAGAGCACCAGAAAACGAAUAACAAUCCUCGAAGGCUAUCCUACGGUUCGCGACAUCGUUUCGACUGGAGUUAACAUCAUACAGUUCCCCAACCUCUUUCGAUCCGAGAAGCUCAUUGAUCGGUCCCCUCCAUCUGCUCACGCUGCUCACGUAACACCAUCCCCAUUUCCACCCAUAGGCCCUUCCCCCGGCAUGUCAUAUGCGACCAUCACCCAGAAAGCCAGCCCGCCCCCUCAGAUAACUCUUCCGAUACCUCCCAAGACUACAAACACUCCAUUGCGUGCCGCUAAACAGCCCCCGCCGGUUGCAUGGAACCCUGGUCCACGUGGGUUGGAUACUCCGUUACCCCUGAAUCAAGUUGCUCUGGAUGGUAUCAAGAAACGAAAGGACAGCAGCAAACUUUGCAACAACCACUAUCUACGUGGUCCGUGUGCGAAGGGCGACGAAUGCUGUUUUGAGCACGACUACAAUCCGUCCAAGGACGAGAAAGUUGCCAUUGCCUUCCUUGCUCGUCUCAAUCCGUGCACCAAUGGACAAGACUGUGACGUUGAUAACUGCAUAUACGGUCACCAUUGUCCCAGCGUCAUUAAUGGCAUUUGCACCCACCCGUACUGCAAGUUUCGCGUUGAUGAGCACCCUCCCGGCACCAAGAUCAGGAGCAUAAAGGCAUAG